UUCCCCCCCCCCCACUCCUGUAUCUUUACAUUCACAGAUUUCUCCCCCUUUCCCAUUUCUAACCAAGCUUGGUUCUGACAGCUUGGUUCAUGCACGUGUUGAACCUGUCUGUCAGGGAACAAAGCGCCUGUGUGUGUUUUUUACACACACCCCGCGUGCUUGAGAAGGACAAAAAAGAAAAGAAAUCUCCACCCUGGAAAGAAAACUCAUCCGGGAGGAAACUUUGGGAAUGAGUGAUGCAACUCAUUCAACCCAUCGCAAUGCUUUGAAAUGAACCUGGAGACUAACAGAACUACUCCGGAAUAAAUAUUUUGGAAAAGAAGAUGUGGCUGGGAAAACCUCAUUUCUUAGAUUCACAGGGCACUGAUUUCAUCAGAGGAAGAUGACAACUAAGUUCAGCUACAGAUACUUCACUGUACGGUUCAAUAUCCUGGACUCUCGGAAAGUGGAUUAACUCAAAAGAGGCUAAGAAUGUCAUAUGGGGUCUAAUUAAGGCACAAGGUAAGGCAACUGUGUUUUCCUGACAUGGUUGAUCAGGUUGCCCUCUUCCCUGAUCAAAUCAUGCAUCACCACACACAAGCGUCACACAAUUGGGGAUCACUGUGUGUCACUUUUAAUGUCCUCCCAUCUUCUUGAAAGGAAAAUGAGAGGUACACUGUCCCUUCCUCAGAUUUUGACUUCUUUUCUACCAGAGCAAUAAAUAAAUAAAUGCAUAAAUGACUACACACAUCCCUCUCUUCUACAUCCUUUUAUUUUCAUCUGCUGAGGUGACACUUAAAAAGGAGAGAGAGAGGGAGAGAGAGGGAGAGGAAGAGGGAGAGAGAGGAGAGGAAGAGAAAAAUGGAGGAGAGGGAGAGGAAGAGAGAGAUGGAGGGAGAGGGAGGGAGAGGAAGAGGAAGGAAGAGAGAGAGGGGGAGAGAUCCUAGAAAGAGUCCAUUUUAAAACGGCCUUUCAAGGAUUUUGUCUCAGAUAGAAAGAAUCAAGAGUUCAUUAAACCUUUCAAGUGUCAUGGCUGGUCAGGAUGUUAACUUAAGGUUAACACUCUUGGGGCUGUUUCAGACUAAAAAUGAUCCCUAGAAUUUUUUCUGGGACCGGGAUGCGGACAUGGUCCUCCAUCGCUUACCCUAUGCCAGUUAAACCUGAUGCCUGAAAGUGUCACAAACUUUAUCGGAAGCUCUGCUCCCUUGUUCGGAGCAUCAGGUAGCUUCUCUCUUGCCAAUACAGAGAGCAGAAGCAGGUCACGGGGGGGGGGGCUGUUCUCCUCACAGCCCUUUGCAACCGCCAGUCUUCCUGUCAGCCCAUCACCAAUGAAGUCAGCGGGAGCCUGUCCUUGUUAGAAAUCUUAUUUGCACGAGAGGAGAGUGCAAAUUACCAUCUCUCUCUUCAGCCCUGGACUUCCAGGGGGUUGAAGGAGCAGAAGGAAAGAUGCAAGUUUAAAAACGCUGCCAUGCUGGGACUCUUCCAAGAUUAAUGAGACGUAACCAGGAGAACGAAUAGAAAUCGGCCAGCAUAAAGAAUGACAACAUUCUGGGCGCUCUUUGUAGUAUAAUCGCAGCAAACAGAGAAACAAAAAAUGUUGUUGAAUGCGACAUUUACAAAGGAGUUGCGGUUUUAUGAUGUCACAUGUAUUCGGAACAGAUGGACCCACAUAUAAGGCUGAAAAAAGCUGGCUUACUUGGAAACCGCUCCUGGACUUUCUGCUCGAGACAGUGGCACUCACAAACCCCAUCUCAGUUGCUUGCCAUUCAAACGCUGGCAGGUAGGCUAGGCUUUACAUGAGCCACCACGCGUGGAUGGAAACCUACCAAGCCGACAUCAGGAAAGAGAUGAAGAGUGGAGAAGACAAUUGGGAAGACUUCAUACAUGCAACUGCAGCCAAUUUCCACUCCAUGUGACACGGGGAGAGCUGCUAAUGAAAGUCACUCUAGCAAAAGACCACCUUGUGCCAUGUCCACACAGGCAGUUGUCUCAGCAAAACACAAAGAGCUGUAAAGUCUUAACAGUCCUUAUCCAGCGUCGCAAGGGCCAAUCAAGUAGGAGGGGGCGUGGCCGGCACCCCGGACCGGUCCGGAUAAGAGGAGUUUUUUUUUUUCCGCUUCCGGGAAUGCCACGUGCGAAGCCGGUUGCAGCCGGGAUAUCUUCUAGCACCAAAUUUGUGCCAGGGGUGAUGAGCCCAACAAAGAUCAACCAGGUAGGGAGCCUGGGGAAGAUGAAUGUCCCGCUUGUCAAAUGCCCCUAUACCAGAACGGAUCUAAACCAUAAUCUCAAUCAACUUUGCUCGGAUGACAAAGCUGGCAUUCAGAAAAAAAAGAAAAGCCAGAGGCUCCAGCGCUACUUGAUGCGCAAAGCAGUGGAGCAAAGUGGACACCUAGCAGCCCGAACAAAGGAGACAGGCCUUGCUAGGACCAGAGAGGUCUCUGAAAUGUCCGUGGGAAAUGGAGGUAACCAGUUUCACCAGAAGGAUAUGAUGACAACUCAGGAGAAUCCUUCCACAUCUGGUGAAGCUGUGUCCAUUUCCUCUGAGGAACUAGCCAGGCAGCCAUCGUCUUCCCAAGGUCUUCAGAACCUGCUAGCCCGCCCCAGCAUCUCAGAAAAAAGGCCUGCUUCCUUCCUGCGUCAGACACCUCAGAAAUCUGUGAAGCGUGUGGCCAUUGACUGUGAAAUGGUAGGCACGGGUCCUUCUGGAAAGACGAGCGAGUUGGCACGCUGUACGGUGGUGAGCUAUGAUGGUGAUGUGAUUUAUGACAAAUACAUUCUUCCGGAAUAUCCAAUUGUAGAUUAUAGGACUCGCUGGAGUGGCAUCACCUGGAAGCACAUGAGAAAAGCAAUUCCUUUCCGGAUUGCACAGGGUGAGAUCAUACAGAUUUUGAAGGAUAAAAUAGUUGUGGGCCAUGCUCUCCACAAUGAUUUCCGAGCCUUAAAAUAUUUUCACCCCCGAGCCUGGAGGCGCGAUACAAGCCAGUGUCCUCUGCUGAAGAAGAAAGUGGCCUCCACUCUGAAGCCAUCUAUGUCUCUCAAGAGCCUGGCUGAUCAGCUGCUACACAAAAACAUCCAGGUUGGCAAACAUGGGCAUUCAUCUGUUGAAGAUGCUCAAGCUUCUAUGGAGCUUUACAGAUUGGUAGAGUUUCAAUGGGAGGAACUACUGACUCCACAUCACUCCACAAGCCUUUCAGAUAGCAUCCUGGACAGCGACACUGAUAACAGUUGCUACAUGGAUGAUCAGUAUUGGCCCAAGGACCUUGAUGUAGACUGCAAAUGAAAGUUCGGGUUUUAGAAAGAAAUUGUAAAGAAAUUACCCGGCCAUUCUGAAGAGAGAACUUGGUUAAAUGUGAGGAUUUGUGUCUUCCAGCAUCAUCGAAGCAGUAUUAUUUACAUUUGUUUUCCUCAAAGGGUGUAGACGCCAAAGAAAACAUUGAGCCCAAAUAAGCUUUUUCAGUUUUGAACCUUUGAGCAUUGUGCCCAAAGGAACUCCAGCUUUAAGCCUUUGAAUGUUGAGGGAGAGAAGUUUAUCCAUUUCCUUUUCAGAAAGCAUCCUUCUCAAUUCUUUUCUUGCAGAAUGAAUGAUUAUGAGUAAACUGCUGAAUCAGCCUAGACCUGGGGGGGGGGGAAGGAGGGAGAGAUCCUUUUCAAGCUGAUUGAAUUACUUUCCUUUUACUCCAGGCCUAAUUUUGGAUUUACUGUCUCAUUAAAAUGCUGAAUGAAAAAAACAAGGUGAUGCAUUUCCAGUCUUAAUGCUGUGGAGCUGUGUAGAUGUCUACUGUGUGUGUGUGUGUGUGUGUGUGUGUGUGUAACAAUCCAACUGAUUUACGUAGUAUUUUUUUUCUUCUGUGUAAACCACUUAGGAAUGCGUUCGUAUGCUGAAAUGUAACCAGAACCAUUGGGUCAUGGUUACAUUCAGUAACACUUCCUGCCGGGAUAAUAGCUGCCAAAAAAAAAAGUGUUUUGUAUCCCUAAUUGUGUUAGUGAUAGGCUGAUUUGCAUAUUUUGAAAGUUUCCCUGUUGAUGAGUACAUCCAAAGGGAGUUUGGGACCACUUAUGCAAACCAUUUGAUAUCUUUCCGCAGCAAAUUCCAGCUUUCUGCCUGGAAUAGUAGAACUCUUGAGUUGCUGCAAAUUCCAGUUGAAGGAUUAUGAUGCUGAACACACACACACACACACACACAAAGGGGGGGGGUGAACCCCACAGAUGAUCAAAGCUAAACUAGGCUUUCCAGAAUAUUAAACAGAAGUAGGAAUUAGCCAUCUCUUAAAACAAGUGUGAGUUAAGCAUUGAGCGUGAAAAGUGCCUCUCUUGUUCAAUCAUACUGUUCUUCUAUCUAAAAUCGGAAGUUAGAGCAGAGUCAUCUUCAUUGCUUUCACAGUUGCUCAUGACUUGGGGUUCAAAUGGAAAAGCUCACCCAAAAUUCUCUGGUGCCUUCAUCAGAUUGAGUCAAAGCUCUCUCUGUUUAGAAAUGGGAAAGCUGCUAUGCUUCAGAAUUAGUUCCCAGCAUCCCACAUGUUUGGAGAUAUUGCCUGGAACUUCUGAGGUUGAUAGUUCAUUUGGCGGGAUGUGCGCAUGUGUGUGCAUGUGCUGUCUUGGUGUCAUUCCUCUACCUGAAGCUGGAUUGAUGACUAGUUAAAUUUUUUUCAUGUGCCUAUGUGCCUUUAAAUUAAAUUGCACUGUGGUGAUUGAUGCUUUUUUCACAUACACCUGCAUGCACAUCAGAGAAUUCUCAGAGCAAAACCACUGGCUGCUUUGUAGUUUGAGGUGGGGCAGGGAGGAUACACAAUUUCUUGAAAGAAUGCCAUUGUUUUACAAAGUACUCCACGGGGAAUAUUUCUUUGCAUUCUGUCCCAAAUUUCCCACCCUUCAUGUUUACUUCAAAUGCUGGUAUGCAGAUUAACACUGCUUUAACUGCCUUAAUUAAAAAAAAAAAAGCUUCAUCUUGAUGUGUUGAGUUGAAUGUCUUCUUUGGUAUCUGUGUUAUCUUUUUAUGCAUGAAAGAUUCGUCCAUUAAGCUUCUCCCAGCUGGAAUCUGAAAUUAUGGAGUCCACAAAUAAGCUUGCUUCCUUCCCUUACGUUUGUGUAAACUAAAGCCAGGCCUUAAUUCAUGGAGUGGGGGGUGGGCUCAAUGGUCUCCCUGAGAUAUCUAGAACUAUGGUUAAAAAAUACCCAGAAGAUCCACAGGUUUCCAACUCCUGACAUGAAGAAUACUAAUACCAAACACUGUAUAUUUUAUUCAUAUGUACAAUGAUGUAUAUAUAAUAUUGUGUAAUGAAUAAAUAAAGGUAUUUCUGUUUGCAUCAAAAAAAUAAA